AAAAUCGAAAAAGAUCAGAAAACAAAACGCCGUACUUAUAUCAGUAAAAUGUGCAAUCAAUUUACGAGUUACAUUUGCAUCUACUUCUCUUACUCUUUCUCCCUUAAUCUCUAGAACUUUUUCUUUCUAUUUCGAAUUUUCACAUUUGCCAGUUGAAUGAGGGAUUAGUUUAUGAUGAAUAAACUUUUUCUCUCUUCAACUCCUACAACUCUCUUCAUCAUCUUCUUAUGCACUUAACUAAUUUUCAUCGAUCAGCCACCAUCCCACAUCGCGCGACGCCACGACCCCCAGGUAAAUCAAUCGACAAGUUGUGCGCAAUUGAGAUUUAUAUACAAUUCAUAAAUCAGUUAUUUUAGUUUACUUUUGGUUUACAGGAGAAGAACACACUUAUAUUAAUGGCUCAAAUUCCUAAUUUAGAUAAUGCUCCCAUUAAUCUAAAUGCUCUCAGAGAGCAAUCACAGAAAGAGCUGAUAACUAUCCUGAAAAAUAUUCGUGGAAAAAAAUGUCUUGUUAUCGAUCCGAAGCUCAGUGGCUCUAUCUCACUCAUUGUCCAGACUGCACUUCUUAAGGAACAUGGAGUAGAGUUGCGUCAUUUGUCACCUGAGCCUCUACAAACUGAAUGCGCAAAGAUAGUGUACCUUGUGUGUAAUCAACUUGAAUUGAUGAAACAUAUCUCCUUACAUAUUCAUGACAACACAUCAAAGGGAUUACAAAGGGAUUAUUUUCUGUACUUUGUUCCUCGACAUUCAGUGGCAUGUGAGCAGAUACUGAAAGAGGAAAAAGUGCAUGAUGUAUUGACAAUCGGAGAAUACCCAUUAUACAUGGUCCCACUUGAUGAGGAUGUGAUUUCUUUUGAACUUGACGUUGCAUACAAGGAGUGCCUAGUUGAUGCUGAUACAAGCUCUCUCUGGCAUAUUGCAAAAGCCAUUCAUAAGCUUGAGUUUUCAUUUGGUGUGAUACCAAAUCUGAGGGCAAAAGGCAAGGCUUCACUUCGUGUUGCAGAGAUCCUGGAUCGGAUGCAGAUAGAAGACCCAGUCAACGUAGCUGAUGUGGUGCCAGAGAUAAGUACAGUGAUCUUGCUAGACAGAGAGGUGGACAUGGUAACUCCUAUGUGUUCUCAGCUAACAUAUGAAGGCUUGGUGGAUGAGUUUCUACAUGUGAAUAACGGGGCUGUGGAGGUUGAUGCAUCUAUUAUGGGUGUUCAGCAGGAGGGGAAAAAGGUUAAAGUACCACUAAAUUCAAGUGAUAAGCUCUUUAAGGAGACUCGGGACCUCAAUUUUGAAGUUGUUGUCCAGGUCCUACGCCAAAAAGCGACAUCAAUGAAACAAGAUUAUACUGACAUAACAACUACUAGUCAAACGGUAUCUGAAUUGAAGGACUUUGUGAAAAAGCUUAACUCUCUGCCAGAGAUGACUAGGCACAUAAAUCUUGCUCAACAUUUGUCCACAUUGACAUCCAAGCCAUCAUUUCUUGGGCGUCUUGAUAUGGAACACACCGUUGUGGAAUCUGAGAGUUAUGACAUAUGUUUUGAGUAUAUCGAAGAAAUGAUUCACAAGCAGGAACCUCUUGUUAGUGUCCUUCGGCUUCUCAUCUUGUUUUCUGUUACAAAUUCAGGAUUGCCCAAGAGACAUUUUGACUAUUUGAGGAGAGAGAUACUUCAUAGCUAUGGAUUUGAGCAUAUGGCCACACUGAAUAAUUUGGAAAAGGCAGGGUUUUUCAGAAAACAGGAACUUAGAAGCAACUGGCUGACUGUCAAACGAGCUAUGCGUCUUGUAGUUGAAGAUACUGAUACAGCCAACCCCAAUGAUAUAUCUUAUGUCUUCUCUGGAUAUGCACCACUUAGUGUACGUCUGAUCCAGCAAUGCAUCAGAUCUGGAUGGCGUUCCAUCGAAGAAAUUUUAAAGCUACUACCUGGACCACACUUUGAGACUAAAAGAGGGGCACUAUUACGUGGUUCAUCAUUGGAGUCACUAUCAGGAGGAUCAGCUAAUGCUGACAAAGCGACUGCUGGUAGACGGUCACUGGUACUGGUUGUCUUUAUUGGUGGGGUGACAUUCGCUGAGAUAUCUGCGCUCCGCUUUCUCAGUUCUCAGGAACUGAUGGGAUAUGAUAUAUUGAUUGCUACAACAAAGGUAGUUAAUGGCCAGACUUUACUAGAUCCAUUCGUGGCAAAGCUCUCUUGAGUUGUUUUCUGUUUUCAUGAAGCAGGCAGAAAUGCGCUACAAGUCAGUUAUUUGAGAAAACUGCUCCCUUGUGAUGCUUCAAUUUUUGUAUGUUUGUAGAUUUUGUUGAAUACUAUCCUAAACCUUUGGUUUUGUGUAAAUGGUGUUAAUUCAAAUCCAGAAUUGAUUUUCUUCGUUUCUGUACCAUUUCCAAUGUGCGAUCUGAAAUUGGGUUCAGUUAGCCGCUUCAUCAAACAUGAUUUGUUUGGGUCACUACUGUACUAUUACUAAUUUAUACUUUCUCUGUUCUUGUAUAAUUACAAUAUUUCUUUUAUUGAAAUCCUAAUUGGUAA